AUGGACGGGUCGAUAGUUGGUAGAUGCCGGUUUGGUUUGAAAACUUAUUCAGUGCUGAUUUUCAAGGAAACCAAGUACAUGGACAUAUGCAGCCAAAUUUGCUCUCGAUUUAAAGAGUUGAAUUCAUGCGAAAUGGAGAUGACGUACGCAAUUGGAAACCACUUAGCAUGUUUAUUACAAGAUGACAUGGAUGUUCGUGUUUUGCACAUGUCUAUAUCCAAUGAAAACAAAAAUUUGGUGGAUAUAGAUAUUGUUAGAGGUGGAGUUACAUCGUUUGGCAAAGGUGUGGAGGAUGAUAUUGAUUCAUCAAACAAUGAAGACAGUAAUUCAACUAAUGAGAAUGAAUGUUUAAUUAAGUAUGCGGCAAACAAAUCAAAACUUUAUUUGUCUCAUGAGUGGAAAACAUUUAUUAGUGAAGUUGGGCAAAAAUACGAAGGAGGGGUGACUGAGUUUAGGAUUAAAUUGUGCAAAUAUGCCUUUGAGAAGGAGUUCAAGUUUGUAUAUGUGAAAAAUGAUUUGAAGCAUGUUACAACAGAAUGUGUGAAUAAGCAAAGUGAAGGUUGCCCCUGGCGUGUGCAUGCAACUUUAAAUUAUGCGAAUGGGUUCUUCUACAUUAAAGAUUUGAAAAAUGAACACACAUGCAGGGGCAGGGUUCAGUCCCAUAAAAAAGUUUUUAUGGGUUCGAAAAUUGUGUCUUCAGUCAUAGCAGAUCAGCUUCGAACCAAACCUCUCAUUAAACCAGCUGAUAUAAUCACAGAUUUCAAGCAAAAUUCUGGGUUGUACAUCUCCUAUUAUAGUGCUUGGUAUGGUAAGGAGUUGGCCAAAAAGACAUCCAUGGUGUGGUAUAUUGACGCUUUGCUGAAAACAAAUCCGGGGUCCCACUGUUACCUAGGGUGUGACACGAAAUCAUCACGUUUUGAGCGCAUAUUCAUAUCAUAUCAUGCCUCAAUUGAAGGGUUCAAAUUCUGCAAACCAUUUCUUUGUCUUGAUGGUACUUUUGUGAAGAACAAAUACAAAGGGCACCUCCUGGCAGCUACAGGGAAAAAUGGUAACCAAGCCAUCCUUGCUGAUGAUGGUGAUCCAUACGAGUACAUUGAACCUUAUUUUACUGCAGAUUACUACAGAAGUUGUUAUGGCAUUCCAAUUGCACCUGUUCCUGAUAUUGAGAAAGAGGCACCAGAAGAACUCGAAGACUUUAUAGUGAAACCUCCUUUAACUAGAAAACGACUUGGUACACCUCGAACCAAGAGGAUCAAAUCCAGAGGGGAGGAGAAAAAAUGCUACAAAUGCAGUAGAUGUGGUCAAGGUGGCCAGCACAACUGGAGGACUUGCAAUUCUCAAAUAUGA